AUGAAUUCCGCGUCAAUUUUUGAAAAUAAGGAUGAAUAUUAUGGGAGAUUCGCUGCGGAAGACGACAAUCAAUCGCCGUGGGACUGCUACCAAUUUCAGAUAAACGCGAACAAGUCCGAAGAAGUUCAAGUCGAGUUGAUGUAUAAGAAAAUGGGCGAAUUGCAAGUCCAACAAGAGGAUGAAUUUCCAAUGUCUGAGAGUUGGUGGGCGCCGAAGAGUCGAAGUGAAGAAUGGACCAAAAAGCCAGAGGAACAUUCUUCGGAGAAAAGUGAUUCCGAGAAGAAUGAAGAAGUCGCACCAAAGGAGGUGGAAUACACAACAUUGUCGAUUACUCGCAACACGGUUUGCUUAAAUGAUUCCAAACCGCCGAAUGUUAAACUAAAUAAGGAAGUUGUUGAGGAGACGGUCACCAUGCCGUAUUGUAGAGGAAUUCCGGCGCGAAUUUACGUCAAUUGCAAGUCUGAUAAAAACCUUGAUUGGGUGAUUGGCGACGACGAUAAUGAGCUCGCGACGAGCAACAACAACGAGUACGCCGACGCCAACGAGGGAACGUGGUCGUUUCAUCGAAAAAUCACGCGGCGCGCUCGAAUGUUGCCGCCGCGCGUCAAAAAUAAAUUCUGCUAUGAGUUGAUUUACGAGCAGGAGAUCUAUGUGCCCGAUGAUGCGCCGCCCGUCGAAUUCGUCAUCGGCAGCACGUCGAGUCUUGCCAACAAUAAAUAA